AUGAAUCACCUUGUUAACAUCUGUACAUCAACAAGGACUCCAAUAUCAUUCUCUGAGCAACAAAUGGUAGAGGAGUUUUGGAGGAAGAAACAACAUGAAAUUGAAGCUAUUAAGGACUUCGGUGAGCGCACAAUCCCCAUGACCCAUCUUAGAAAGGUUAUCUGUGCUGAGAAGGGUAAAAUGAUGAUGACAUUCGACACGCCAUCCUUCUUGACAAAGGCAUGUGAGAUCUUUGUACAGGAACUUUCCUUCCGUGCUUGGAUGCGUGCGAAAUCCCAUCAACGUAGCAUCAUACUAGACUCUGAUAUUGCUGAGUCCAUUUUGUCCAUCGAUUCCUAUGAUUUUCUAAAUGAUGUUCUACACACACAUCACGAGGAGCGCUACUCUACUUCUCAUCCAAGGGGGCUAGAGUUCUUUGGCAACAACAUUGUUGCUACUUUUGGUGCAAUGACUUCUUUACAGGGAGAAGAAAGUGAUAUUAGCAAUCAUCAAAAUAUUGUGCAUGGAAAAUUAGAUGCAGAAGUAAUUGCUACCACUAAUAUGAGCAAGGGAAAAAACAACAAUAUCAAUUGGGAUGAAAUUGACAUGGCUGAUGAUUCCUUGUUGGCAAGAUUUUGGGAGGACAUCAUGAUGGAUGAAGACCUAGCACAUGCAUCUGCUGCUACCUCCACCAAUGAUCUUGUUCUACUUCCUUUUGAUAUUUUGCAACAUGAUGGAUUUGGUCAUGAACUGAAUCUUCUUGAUGACAUCGUCUCCAUUGCGAGUACCGGAGAAAGGCAUAGCUAGAUGGAUUGAGAGAUG